UCACGAGUCCAACUAAUUUCAAUAUAACAAAUGUGCGUGGAAAUUUUGACCGAAUACCCUUCACUUUCUCAUUUGCGGGUUGGGGGAGUAGCCCACCCCUCAGAACAGUUCCUGCGCACAGCAGUUCAUACUCCUCAGGGGUUUCAAGGGGACAUCAGAAAUUUCAUUUCUAUGAGGUUUAUUGGCUCUUGAUUAAAAACAAAAUGAGCUCAAAAGGAGCAGUAUUAAUCGACAGCGGUUUUGCAACCCAACUGAGAAAUUAUAUAUCAGGAAAUCUUGAUGACCAUCCUUUAUGGGUCGCUCGAUUUUUGGUGCAUGACAAAAAUGCCUGCCUGUCCGUUCAUAAAGAUUUCAUUAGGUCCGGCUCGACUAUCAUUAGGAGCAACACGUAUCAAUUAAGUUUGCAAGGUUUUAUAAAGCACAUGGAAAUGUCUGAAAAGGAAGUUACAGAUUUGGUGUACGUAGCUGUUAAUCUUUGCAGGCAGGCUGUCGAAGAAGUAAAGCACCCUGAUGGGGUAAAAGUGAAAAUAGCCGGCUCAGUCGGUCCAUACGGCGCAAGCCUUCACGACGGAUCGGAAUACACGGGCAGUUAUUGUGAUUCAGUGACUUCUGAAGAAUUUAAAGAAUGGCAUAGAUGGAGGGUGUCAAAUCUGCUCAAAGCUGGAGUCGAUUUGCUCGCAAUUGAGACUGUACCUUGCUCAAAAGAAGCUCUUGCCAUCCUCGACUUACUUAAAGAAUUUCCUCAAGCUAAAGCUUGGCUUUCUUUCAGUAUAAAAAAUGAAAAGGAAAUAAGCAAUGGAGAAAAUUUUGCAGAAAGUGCGAAAAAAUGUUGGGACAAGUCAAACGGGCAGUUGGUCGCCAUUGGCGCAAACUGCUGCAAACCGGAAUUUAUUCUAUCGCUUUUGACUUCGCUUAAAGAAAAAGACAGUUCUAUCCCUUUCAUUGCAUACCCGAACAGUGGAGAAACCUUCGAUGAGGUUAAUAAAAGGUGGAUUGAAGGCAGCAACAAGGGAAAGGUUGCGGAUUAUGUACCUCAUUGGCUAGAAAAAGGGAUUUCGUAUGUUGGCGCUUGCUGCCGAAACACUGCUUCUGAUCUUUUGGAUAUUGGCAAAGUGUUGAAAAAUCGCCAGAAGGUUAAAUAACAGCCUUAUGCUUUUUCUAAAGUUAGAAAAAAAAACCAAUGUAGAUAAAAUACAAUAUCAAGAAAUAAAGACAAUUUUUUAAAAUAUUA